AUGAACCCCAGGCUCCCCUACGUCCUCCUGUUCGGGGCGGCGGUGGUCAUCUUUGUUCUCUCCUGCAUGCUGCUGAGCAGAGGGAGACGAUCGCCCGGCUGUGAAUCCCAGCCCCGCAGCGCGGAGAAGACGGGGUCCAGGAGCCAGAGCCUGGUCUUUGCCGAUCUGACGCCCGAGGAGCUGGCGCAGGUGGUGCGGUACCUGCAGGGCAGCCUCGGGGUGCCGCUGGUGGACGCCUCGCGUGCCAAACCCUCCGACAACUGCAUCGCCUCCGUGGACGUGCAGCUCCCUGCCAAGGCGGAGGUGCUGCAAUUCCUGGAUGGAGGGGGGGCUCGCCCGCCCCGGGAGGCGCUGGCUGUGCUCUAUUUUGGCAACCAGGCAAACCCCAACGUCACCGAGUACGUGGUGGGGCCUCUGCCGGUGCCCACGUAUCACCGGGACGUCACGGUGCAGAAGUACCGGAGGAGGGUUCUGUACCACCGCAGACCGAUGCUGGGCAGUGAGUACGAGCAGGUGGGAGCCUUCCUGAAGGUGGUGGCGUUCGCUGCAGCCCCCACCUUCCUGCAAGAAGUGUUUGACUAUGACGGCACCAACGUGGCGUUUCAAAGCACGGCUCCUCACGGGUUCAGGUCCGGGGACCGCAAGUCGUGGUUUGUCGUCUUCCAGAACGUGAGCGGGUUCUUCCUGCACCCCGUGGGGCUGGAGGUGCUGGUGGACCACGGCAGCCUGGACAUCGGCCAGUGGGCGGUCAGCAGGGUCUUCUACAACGGGCAGUACUACAGGGACAUGGCUCAGCUGGAGAGCGCCUACGUGCAGGGCCGCAUCAGCGUGGAGAAGGUGAGGAAAGCGCCGCCGGACGGGGACUUCUCAUCCAUGAGACCCCGAGCGCCUUGGGCUGCGAUGUUCCCCUUGCAGUACGAGCCCCAGGGUCCCCGCUACAGCCUGAGGAAGAACCACGUCGCCUUCCAGGCGUGGAGCUUUGCCUUUGGGAUGAGCGUGAAGACGGGCCUGCGGCUGUUUGACAUCCGAUACAAGGGGGAGAGGGUUGUCUAUGAGCUGAGCGUGCAGGAGGCGCUGUCGGUGUAUGGCUCCAACUGCCCCGGGGGGAUGUCGACGCGGUACAUGGACGGGAGCUUCGGCAUCGGGCGCUACAGCUCCCCGCUGGUGCGCGGGGUCGACUGCCCCUAUUUAGCGAGUUACGUGGACGUGCACUAUCUUGCUCAUUCCCUGGACAUCAGAACGAUUAAAAAUGCCCUCUGCGUCUUCGAGCAGAACCUGGGCUCCCCUCUGCGGCGCCACUUCUCCAACCUGCAGUCGCUCUACUACGGUGGGCUGGUCAACUCCGCACUAGUCCUGCGGUCCAUCACGUCUCUGGGCAACCACGAUUAUGUUUGGGACUUUAUCUUCUACCAGAACGGGGCCAUCGAGGCCAAAGUCCAGGCCACGGGGUACCCGAGUUCGUCCUUUCUCCAUGGGGAUGGUCUGCGGUAUGGCAAUAGGGUCUGGGAGCACACGCUGGGGACAAUACGAACCCAUUCCAUCAACUAUAAGGUGGACUUGGAUGUGGGAGGGGUGAAGAACUCCCUGGUGGCUCACGACAUGGCGUUCGAGAUGGCGCGGGCUCCCUGGAACCCCGAGCAGCAGAUUGAGCGGCCACGGCUCACCAAGAGAGUCCUGGACACGGAGGACCAGGCGGCUUUCCGGCUCCAGUCCAAGAUACCCAGAUACAUCUACUUCGCGGCCAACAGCAAAAACAAGUGGGGCCACCAGCGGGGUUACAGGAUCCAGAUCGUCAGCUUUGCAGGGGACCACGUCCCCGAAGCCAGCUCCAUGGAGAGGGCCAUCAGCUGGGCAAGGUACAAGCUGGCCGUCACCAGGAGGAAGGAAGAGGAGCCCACCAGCACCAGCAUCUACAACCAGAACGACCCCUGGACACCCACCGUCGCCUUCGCCGACUUCAUCGACAACGAAACCAUCACCAACGAGGACCUGGUGGCCUGGAUAACUGCUGGCUUCCUCCACAUCCCACACUCGGAGGACAUUCCCAACACCGCCACGGUGGGGAACUCAGUCGGCUUUCUCCUGCGCCCCUACAACUACUACGACCUGGACCCCUCCAUAUACUCGCACGACGGCAUCUUUUUCACCAGUGAGCAGGACUUCACAGCGUGCGAGGUCAACCCUAUCGCGUGCCUGCCCAAAACAGCCUCCUGCUUGCCCAACUUCCCCCCGUUCACCUACGACGGAUUCAAAAAUACAAGCAGGCUUUAAUGUUCCGGGAGCCACGAGGCUGACCAACCUGUUAGGGAUUUUCAGGUUUUUUUGAGUGAAGUUGUUUUUUUUUUUUUUUCCAGUUUCUAGUUGUAACUUCACUUUUUAUUGUUGCUUUUAAUUUAGUGCUCGGCGCGAGGGGAGCAUAAUUGUCCUGGCGCGCUGCCAGGCGGCAGCCUGAUUUAUCUCCAUUAAUUGCUGAAUCCGGGUCUGUUUUGGGGGGGGGCGGGGGAAGCGAGAAAAUCCUGUUCCUCUGCUGUAGCAGUGAACCCCAUGUAGUGUCUAUCUCAGGUUUUAAAAACGAAAUGAAAAGAUGCGGUGCUAUCCAU